AGCUUUCAGGCAGCCAGACAGCGCCUCCUAUACUUACUGGAGCUCUUCUACUGCGAGAGACAUGGGAAAGAAGCGCAAGAUGAUUUGGCUCAAAAGAAAGAACAGGUGGCAGAGCUGGAGGCCAAGAAGAGUGAAUGCGAUGAACUGGUGAAUGAAAAGCAGAAAUUGGUCAAGAAAAUACAGCGUGAUACGCAUAAAUUAGAGAAAGAGAUCAGUGAUAAGGAAAGAGAGAUAGCUAUCCAACGUCCUCUCUAUGUACAAGUAAAACAAGAAGUACUGCAUGUUAAUACAAAGCUAGAAACUAGUAAGAAGACAUUAAAUGCUGCACAAAAACUAGCGGAGAGAAACGAAGAACAGGUGCAGGUGUUGGAAAAUACUGCAAAGGACUUAGAAAGGAAAAAGGCAGAAUGUGAAAAAGAGCUUGAGUCGCAAAGUCAGGAACUUGAUUUACAUCUGAAUGAGCAACAGAUUAAUGAGUACAUGUUGCUGAAACGCGAGGUGGGAAAGAAGUCUGGCCUCAUCGAUAUGCAGUUGAAUUCGAAGAGACAAGAGCAAGAUACCGAUAAGAGUUCCAAAGUCAAUGAAGAGCGUCGAAUGAAAACGUGGCAAGAAAAGAUUAAGAAUAAAAAGCAAGAAAUAGAACGGCUGAAGAAACAGAUUGAUUACCUUGCUGAGAAUGCGGAGCAGCAGAAGGUCGUGCUGCAGGAGGAAAAAGCAAACUUGAUCACAAUGGAAAAGCAAGUCAAAGAAAGCAAAGAGAAACUAGAGAAGGUGUCUGUUGAAUUGAGUGAAGUUAACAAGCAGCUCUCUGAUGCGUCUGGGGACUCGGCUGAAACAGAACGAGUGCGAAGGCGUAACGAAGCCAUUGAAAAUUUGAAAAGAGUAUUUCCAGACAAGGUAUUUCAAUGCACUAGUUUAUAUUAUUCAUAACA